CCGGUGGCUUUCUUCGGUUGCGAUGACGAACCUCGGCGCGAAGAUGAGCUUGGAGGUCGCGCUCCAGGACGGCGACGUGGUCUGGGCGCGCAUGUCGUCAUACCCGUGGUGGCCGGCCAUGCUCUUCACGUCCUUCGAGGCGCUCGAGGCCCACAACCUGCCAAUACCCAAGCUCAAGCCGCCGACGAGCGCGACGCCGAUCGUGUGCUUUCUUGACUCAUUCGAGUUCUCAAGCAUCAGCCGCAGCAACAUCGUGGCCUUCGAUACGUACAACGCCAACGACCUACUUCUCGUGGCCAAACACCACAAGCCCAAGCUGGCGCGCGCGAUCGCGAAUGCGCAGUUCAUGCUGAGCACGCGAGCAGAGUGGAGCCUCGAAGAGUACGAAGCCAUUCGCGAGGACAAUGCCGUGGACGAGGCCGCCUACGACGCCGUGGACGAGCUUGCUCUCGAGAGUAAGCCAGCGAAGAAGCAGCGCGUGGCCAAUAACGAGACUGGCGACGCCGAGCGUUUGGCUGUCUCCUCCGCGCCCCAGAGCGAGACCGUUCAAGUGGCCGACGCUCCGAAGCCACCGCCGGCGCAGCGAGUGAAGCGGGAGCGCCCUGCGCCAUCACGAAAACCAUCGGCUGCGAAGAAGAAAAAGCUGCAAAGCGACAGCUCGGAGGUCGAGGUGCCACCGCCAUCUUCGGUACGCCCCGAGACGCUGCAGCGGAAGGGUGCCAAAAGAGAGGGGUCCGCCGACAAGAAGAUGACGGCUCGCGACAAGGCCACGAUACCAAACCCAGCCGUCCCUCGAAGACGAAUGGCUGCGGAUGGAGGGGCGAACGAGGAAGAGACCAAGCCGCCCCCAAAGAAAGCGGCUUCAAAACCCACCGAGGCGAAAUCCCCUCCGCGGUCCCGCGAAAAGAAGGCUGUCCGUCAAGAGAUGCCAGCAGCCGCCAAAGUGCCGUCUGGCGUGGUGUACACGCCCGUCGCCUUGGGCGCGUUGCUGCAGCCGCAACCUCCUCCCAAGAAGACGGCGCGCAAGAUUCUACCACGGCACGGAUCGAUUGUGCUGCUGAGCGAGGCCCCCGUGCGCGAGCCGCCGCUGACGACGAAGAGUGCGUCACCAACCUCUGCCCCAAAGACUCUAAAGACCGAGUCCCAUGAUGCAUCCUUGCCGACCCGAAGCAAGCCACGCGACGACCGACCAAAGCCAGCGACCCCAAAAGCCCGCAAGCCACAUGACCUCUCCAUCUCGACCGUCGAUGCCGACCCAGCAGCGGAGACGCGCUCCACAGACGCCACAGCGAUCCGCGCCAGCGCAAGGAGAGCUUUCGUCCAGAAAAGCGCAGAGAACGAGCCUGUUGAUGCUGUCGUGACGCCGGACAGCACACAAAUUGCGGGUGACGUCGCUCCGCUGGCUGCUUUGGCGACAGGCGUCGCGCUGGAGAAGGGCGCCGCGAUGUCUCUCAACCAGCCUGCGACCCCGUUGCAAGGGCUGGUUCCAGUUGUCGACACUGUCGAAGCGCUCGAGCCAGAGACCGCAGCCGAAGGCGUCGAACCUUCGGUGGCUCCAGUUUCGACGGGCGAGUUGAAGCCCAUUGUGGCGGCGGUCCAUCCAGAGACCUCUGUCAUCGUGGAUGCGUCCGAGACCUCGGACGCGUUGGUCGAGCCAGCAACCGAAGCCUACACUGUCGAUGCUGCGACCUCAAGCGCGAUGGUCGAGCCAGAGUCCUCCGUCAAGGAAGUUGAGCCAGAGUCCUCCGUCAAGGAAGUUGAGCCAGAGUCCUCGGUCAAGGAAGUUGAGCCAGACGCGACGGUCGUGCCAGAGCCCAUCGUUGCCGUGGCCGAGCCGGUUGCAAUGACGGAGGACGAGGUGGUCGAGCGAAAACCACUGGUUGAGAAGGCUGCACUAGAGCCCUCCGUCGAGGAGGUCGAGCCGCCAGAAUCCAAGUUGGCAGCAAUUAAGCCAGAGACAGUUGUCGAGCCCUCCCUGGCAGAAAUCCCGGUCAGCGUGGUCGAGCCAGAGACCAAAGCCCAGCCCGUCCUCGCUGCGGCUCCGAUCCAGGCGGUCGAGCCACUUGUGCAACUUGACGUGGUCGAGCCAGAGACCGUUCUUCUCGAACAACAGAUAUGUGCUGUGGACACCAAAGUUACUCUGGCAGAGCAGGAGCCUUGUGCUCAAGUCGUCGACCUUGAGUCCGAGGUUUCGACCGCUCCACCAGCCGCGCCGACCGAAAUUGCGGUCCAGCCGAGCUCGCCGAUGGCCGCCGCGGAGCAGAUCUCGCCAGUGGUACCGACCCCGGUCGAGCUGGGUGCUCCCAAUGCCCAGAUGACGGUGAUCGAGCCCGAGAGCGUUGUCUUAGAAGUGAUCGAGCCCGAGAGCGUUGACUCGGAGGUGAUCGAGCCCUUUGACUCGAAGGCGAUCGUCAACGAAUUGGUCGUCGAGGAGCCUACGGUCCGAAUGCCCGCGUCGCCUGUAGUCAUUGAGAUUGACGUCGAGACGCCUUAUGACUCGAAAGCGCCAACAAAAGCGACGGCCAAGAAGGCGUCCAAGGCCAAAGCGGCGGCGAAACCCGUCCGACGACCAGCCAAACCAGCCAAAAAAGCCAAGACGCUCGAGUACUCGACCAGCUCCGAGUCGGACGACUUUCGCAGCACCAAGUCUCGGAAGAAGCCCAAGUCCAAGGCCAAGCCCAAGCGCGUCAAGGAGGUGUACGUCGACGACGACGACGACGAUGACGCGUUUGAAGAGGUUGUCUACGCGUCGUGCCAGCACGACCACUCGUUCGUGGACGAGUCCGAGUCGGCUGCCGACACGGCGAAUGACGUCGAUGCGCUCAUGACGCCGCUCUCGAUGUUGUGGAACGACCCAGCGACGACGACGUAUGCGUGCCGGCGCGAGUUUGUCUGGGACCACACGGUCUUUACCGACUCGGAAGAGCCCGAAGUGCGCCACUUUGUCGACGAGCUGCCGACGCGCGGUCGCCGCAACGUCCGUUCGGUGCAGCACAGCCAGCUGCGGCAGAACUUUCUCGCGGGGAACGCGCUGGACCCGCACAUGAUGGUCGAGUGCGCGCAGUACGCGACGCCGCACGCGACGCACGACAAACGGCCGCAGCAGCCGUUCCGCGUCUGCGUGCACCCGGACGUGGCCUUUGUGUGCGACCUCCACGCGCACUUGGCCAUGUGCGAGAUCAUUGGCUACUUUGGCGGCAAGUUUGACCGCGAAGCCAACGUCGUGUACAUCCACGCCGCGUUCCCGUGCCGCUCGAUGCAGAUCGAGGGCGACGACGGCGCGACCGACGUCGAGAUGGACCCGGCGAGCGAGCUCGAGGUGCGCCAGCUCAUUGAAGAGUCGCACUUGGACGUCGUUGGGUGGUACCACUCGCACCCGACGUUUGCGCCGGACCCGUCGAUCCGCGACAUUGAGAACCAAGCGAGCCACCAAGAGCUCUUCAACGAGAUGGCGCACGCGCACCCGUUCGUGGGGCUCAUCGUCGGCACGUACGACGCCAAGCGCAUGGACCCGGUCGGCCUCUUUCGCUACUUUCACGUGCGCGGCGAAAAGAUCAACGGCCGCUCGAAAGCGCCGCUCAUGUACUUUCCCUUUGAGCUCGCGGCCAAGACGCGCCGGUACAAGCCACGUGCGAUCGCGGCUCCGGACGCGUCGGCGAGUCCCAACGUGCUGCAGCGCCUCCGCACCGGAUACGGCGAGAGCAUCCGUGGCUGCGUCGAGCAAGUCAUCCGGCUCCUUGCGUACUACAAGUCGUUUCCGCGUCGGACGCGCUGGGCCCACGCGUGGCAGCGGACGACCAAGGGCGAGAAGCUCCGGAGAUCGCUGUUGCACCACGUGCAAGCCAUCGACGUGGCGCCGUCGCAGCAGCAAGCCUUUGUCGAGGACAUAAUGACGCACGUGCUCGGGUCGUGGUAGUUGGAUAAGACG